GGCUGAUGAGAUAUAAAGCAGGAGACCUCGGCACAUGAAGACAUAACUCAUCCUUGCAUGUGUUGAAACUGAAGAUUAAUCAAGUCCUCUGCAGGUGGUCACAUAUUUGACUGAAAAUGACGUUUUGCUUUGGACUUCAGACUUGUGGCUCCAAGAGCUCAUGGAUCAGCUUGACCUUUCUUUUCUCAAUGCUGUGCAUGUGGUCUAGUGUGGACUGCUGGUCCUACGUCUACUCAAACAAAACCAUGACCUGGCAGAAAGCUCGGAUAUGGUGCCAGACUCACUACACAGACAUGGUGGCCAUCCAGAAUCAGGAGGAGAUCGAAUACCUCAAAAGGACGCUGCCCAAGAAAAACACCUACUACUGGAUCGGGAUCCGCAAGCUCAAUAACGUGUGGACGUGGGUCGGGACCAACAAGGCUCUGACAGAAGAGGCAAGCAACUGGGCAGAAGGGGAGCCUAAUAAUGGAAAGAAUGGGAAGAUCCCAGGGAGGAAUGAGGAUUGUGUGGAGAUGUACAUUAAAAGAGAUAAAGAGCCAGGAAAGUGGAACGAUGAGAGGUGUAUAAGACAAAAAACAGCUCUCUGUUACACUGCUGCAUGCAAGAAUGACUCCUGCAUCCAUGGAGAGUGUGUGGAAACCAUCAACAGCCACAAGUGUGACUGCUAUGAAGGCUUUUAUGGAGAGAAGUGCGAGCAUGCUGUCAGGUGUAACAAAACUGAGGUGACCGUCCCGUAUAAAGGCAGCGUUAGCUGUACUCACCAGUAUGGAGACUUCUCUUUCAACUCAUCAUGCCAGUAUUCCUGUGAGGAAGGGUACCAGCUGAGUACACAGAGACCCCUGAUAUGCACAGCCUCUAGGGAGUGGUCGGAACAGCCUCCUACAUGUGAAUUGGCUCAGUGUCAGAAGCUGUCCCCUCCACCAAGAGGAUCCAUGCAGUGCUCUGAUCCUCUGAGCCCCAACAGCUACAGCUCCACCUGUGUGUUCACCUGUAAUGAAGGUUAUGCUCUUGCCGGUUCCUCCUCCAACACUCUGCAAUGUGAAGGGUUGGGAAAUUGGAACGACUCAGUGCCAUAUUGUGUUGCUAUCCGGUGUUCUGGACUCACGCAGCUAGAGAAUGGAGUUGUCAGCUGUGGAGACGAUGCAGACAUGAGGUUCAGCUACGGAAACACCUGCAGCUUCAGCUGUGCCCCCGGCUACUAUUUGGUGGGGCCGAGCAGGAUGACAUGCACAUCAGCAGCAGAGUGGAGUGAGAGGAUGCCUCGCUGUGAAGCCAUCACUUGCAGUAAUCCAGAGGGAGACGCUCAGCUGAUCACAAAGUGCAGCCAGUCUGUGACUGAUCUGAAGCCAGACUCCACCUGCAGCUUCAGCUGUGAAGCAGGCUACGAACUGCAGGGAGCAAAAACUAUCAAGUGUUCAGAAGAGGGACAGUGGAGCACAGCCAUACCUACCUGCAUAGCAUUAACAUGUCCUGCUCCGGAGAUUCCAGUAAAUGGCCAGAUGAGCUGCAGCCCCUAUCAGUCUUCGCGUUUUUCUGCCCUGAGCCACCACCCUCUUGGUGUGGUCUGCAAAUUCAACUGUGAUGAAGGCCAUGAGCUUCAGGGUGCAUCCAGCAUGCAGUGUACACAUUCAGGCCAGUGGAGCUCCUCACCACCAACCUGCACAGCAGUGGCGUGCCCAUUGCUUAAAACUCCUGAAAACGGGCAAAUCAACUGCUCCAGCAGUGAGCAAGUCUACAACACUCAAUGCUCCUUCACAUGCAAUCAAGGCUACUCAUUAGACGGACAUGACCUGCUGAUAUGUGAUCGUCAUGGCAACUGGAUAGGAGAGCAACCCAGCUGCAAAGAACUUUCUCCAGCACCUCAGAUCACUGCCAUCGCCUCUGGUUUGGCCGCAGGAGGAACUGUCUUAUCCGGUCUGUCCCUGGCAAUGUGGAUCCUGAAACGACUGAAGCAGAAAGCCAACAAGUUUGAGCUGAACAGCAACUCUGAGAUCGAGCCUCCUCCACAGGUCUACAAAAACAGCAUCGAAAGCCUCAUCUAGAACGACAACAUUACCCACAUUUCCAACAUCUAUACAAUCCAAUCUAUAUCAGCAGGAUAAGAACAGAAAGACGUUUUUUAAGCUGUCACAUUUGUUUUUCUCCAUUAUACAUUGUUGAACCAAGAUGUGCUUUAUCGUGUAAAUCAGACAUUUAUUUCCUCCCUGUGGGAGUUUACAUUAAAAACAUUGUUAUUCAGUUUUAUGAACAUGCUGGAAAAGUGGCUCUCUCUGUGUUGUUGUAGAUACUUGAUGUGUUGCUCAGAGACCAUUUCACAGAAGAAAUGUGACUAAAUUCAUUUUAUUCAUUCCGGUAUUUAUGUACUAUUUAUUCAACAAGUAACAUUAUAUUCAUAUGUAUUUCUGUGUGUAAAGUGGUGCUGAUUUAUGUUCAUAAUAAAGCUUUAAACUGA